UGGCUCAGUGCGCAUGCGCAUCACUUCGUAGCAGUAGCAGCUCCAGGGACAGACAGCGCCCGGCAGUCACCGGCGCAGCGACCCGUACAGAAACCCCUUACCGACCGCAGCCUCAACCCCACCGCUAUGGUGGACUAUCACAUGAGCGGACCCCCUCACACCGGAAUUCUUGGACCUGACGGCAAAUACAUGGAGCAGGAAGAUGAUUGGGACAGGGACCUGCUGCUGGACCCGGCCUGGGAGAAGCAGCAACGCAAGACUUUCACCGCUUGGUGUAACUCGCACCUGCGCAAGGCCGGCACCCAGAUCGAGAACAUAGACGAGGAUUUCCGCGAUGGGCUGAAGCUCAUGCUGUUGCUGGAAGUGAUUUCUGGCGAGCGUCUCCCCAAGCCGGAGCGGGGCAAGAUGAGGGUCCACAAAAUAAACAACGUCAACAAAGCCCUUGACUUCAUCGCGAGUAAAGGGGUAAAGCUGGUGUCCAUCGGGGCAGAAGAAAUCGUCGAUGGCAACGCAAAGAUGACGCUGGGAAUGAUCUGGACCAUAAUCCUCCGGUUUGCCAUUCAGGACAUCUCUGUGGAAGAGACGUCCGCCAAGGAGGGUCUGCUGCUGUGGUGUCAGCGAAAAACCGCGCCGUACAAGAACGUCAAUGUGCAGAACUUCCACAUAAGCUGGAAGGAUGGCUUGGCUUUCAACGCCCUGAUCCACAGACAUCGCCCCGAGCUGAUAGAGUACGACAGACUUAGAAAGGACGACCCGGUCACCAAUCUGAACAACGCCUUCGAGGUGGCCGAGAAAUACCUGGACAUCCCCAAGAUGUUGGACGCUGAAGAUAUUGUGGGCACUCUCAGACCCGAUGAGAAAGCCAUAAUGACCUACGUGUCCUGCUUCUACCACGCUUUCUCUGGUGCUCAGAAGGCUGAGACGGCAGCCAACAGAAUCUGCAAAGUCCUGGCUGUGAACCAGGAGAACGAGCACCUGAUGGAGGAUUACGAGAAGCUCGCCAGUGACCUGCUGGAAUGGAUCCGGCGCACGAUCCCGUGGCUGGAAGACCGCGUGCCGGAGAAGACCAUGCACGACAUGCAGCAGAAGCUGGAGGACUUCAGGGACUAUCGCCGAGUCCACAAACCCCCCAAAGUGCAAGAGAAAUGCCAGCUGGAGAUCAACUUCAACACUCUGCAGACCAAGCUGAGGCUCAGCAACCGGCCCGCGUUCAUGCCGUCCGAGGGCAAGAUGGUGUCGGACAUUAAUAACGGCUGGCAGCACCUGGAGCAGGCGGAAAAGGGUUACGAGGAAUGGAUGCUGAACGAGAUCCGCCGGCUCGAGAGACUCGAUCACUUGGCCGAGAAGUUUAGACAGAAGGCGUCUAUCCACGAAGCCUGGACAGAAGGCAAAGAGGCCAUGCUGAAGCAGAAGGACUACGAGAGCGCCACCCUGUCGGACAUCAAGGCGUUGAUUCGAAAGCAUGAGGCGUUUGAGAGCGACCUGGCGGCCCACCAGGACCGAGUGGAGCAGAUCGCGGCCAUCGCGCAGGAGCUGAACGAGCUGGAUUAUUACGACUCGCCCAGCGUGAACGCGCGCUGCCAGAAGAUCUGUGACCAGUGGGAUGUGUUGGGGUCGCUGACGCACAGCAGGAGAGAGGCUUUGGAGCAAACCGAGAAGCAGUUGGAGGCCAUUGACCAGCUGUACCUGGAGUAUGCCAAGAGGGCCGCGCCGUUCAACAACUGGAUGGAGGGCGCCAUGGAGGAUUUGCAGGACAUGUUUAUAGUGCACACUAUCGAGGAGAUCGAAGGUCUGAUUGCCGCUCACGAGCAGUUCAAAUCUACCCUGCCGGACGCGGACCGCGAGCGCGAGGCUAUCCUGGACAUCCAGGCCCAAGCCCAGAAGAUCGCCGAUUACAACCACAUCAAGCUGGCCAGCGGCAACCCGUACACCUCGGUCACCCCGCAGACCAUCAACUCGCAGUGGGAGAAGGUCCAGCAGCUCGUUCCCAAGAGAGACAGCGCGCUGAACGGGGAGCAGGACAAGCAGCAGUCCAAUGAAAGCCUGCGUCUGCAGUUUGCCAACCAGGCCAACUUGGUAGGACCCUGGAUCCAGUCCAAAAUGGAGGAGGUGGGCCGCAUUGCCAUUGAGAUGCACGGCACGCUGGAGGAUCAGAUGAGCCACCUGAAGCAGUACGAGCAGAGCGUCAUCAACUACAAGCCCAACAUCGACAAACUGGAGCAGCAGCACCAGCUCAUCCAGGAGGCCCUGAUAUUCGACAACAAGCACACCAAUUACACCAUGGAGCACAUUCGCGUCGGCUGGGAGCAUCUCCUCACCACCAUCGCCAGAACAAUCAAUGAAGUGGAAAACCAGAUCCUCACUCGCGACGCCAAGGGCAUCAGCCAGGAGCAGAUGCACGAGUACCGGGCCUCAUUCAACCACUUCGACAAGGACCAUACGGGCGCCCUCGGACCUGAAGAAUUCAAAGCCUGCCUCAUCAGUCUGGGAUACGAUGUGGAGAACGACAGACAGGGAGAGGCAGAGUUCAACAGAAUCAUGGCCAUCGUGGAUCCAAACAAUUCCGGCAUGGUGACUUUCCAAGCAUUCAUCGACUUCAUGUCCCGAGAGACCACGGACACGGACACCGCCGACCAAGUCAUCGCAUCAUUCAAGGUCUUGGCUGGAGAUAAGAACUACAUCACAGCAGCAGAGCUGCGCCGGGAGCUGCCGCCGGACCAGGCCGAGUACUGCAUCGCUCGCAUGGCGCCGUACCAGGGCCCAGACGCAGUCCCCGGAGCGCUGGAUUACAUGUCCUUCUCUACUGCGUUGUAUGGCGAGAGCGACCUGUGAGACCGCAGGAGGGGGGAAGACUCGAGGGGGGCCCCCGCCUGAAAGUGUCCUACCAUCCUCUAUCGGCUAGUAAUGCCUUUCUGGCGCAGUCGGAGCUCUGGGGGAGCGAGGAAAUUCUGGGCUUACUAUCGCGCCCCUGCCGCCAAGGACGAGAGGGGAUCACAGUAACUUUCACUCCCUUUGCAGGGAGGGAGGAUGGUGCAGACAGGACCUGCGCGGCCGCUCCUCCCCCUCUACAAAGCUUACUAUGCAAUGGCUAAGGCGUAAGGGAUGCUUGCUGACACUGCCCCUCCAUACACUCCCACCCCCCCUCUCCUCCUUGGGUUAUUUAUUCCUGGUCCUUUCCCGCGCGACUCCCGUUGGUCGGGGAUCCCGUACAAUAAGUUGCUUCUCUAUUGUAUAUUGAUCGUUUCGGUGUUGAAUUUCUCUGGAAGGCUCCACACUGCAGGCAGGGGAGAGAUCCACGAUAGGUGCGCGCUUCCCCGAGCUCUUUCACGGAGUCAUGUUUUGGCGGGGGAGACGCGGCUGUGUCUGAGAAGGCAGCUGGUGUUCAUCCGCUCGCAUCUGUUACAAACACUUCUCUGACGUUGCAUGCAAAACCUGGGAUGGGCGGGGCUUAAAAGCCGUCUAGCCAAUCACGUUCCGGGGUAUUUAAAAAGUUACCCCAUGAGCUUCAUGCCACUUCCAUAGAACUCACAUUCCUUACGCUCUCGCUCUCUCUCGGGAGGAUGCCGCUGCGGCGCAUGCGCUGAGAGAGAGGGGCUUCACUUUGCUUGGGAUGCUCGGCCCCCACACCCUACAUUCCAUUAUUCGGCUAAUCGUAAAAUUCCAUUUUUAUAUAUAUAUAUUUUUUUGCUAUUUCUUUUCUCUAAGGACCAAAAAAAAUGAAUAAAAAAAAAAAAUCAGAAAGAUGGAAACUAUUUAGUUAAUUUAGGGGAUUUAUGAUAAUAUAUAUAUAUAUAUUCACCUAGCGGAACCUAUAUUUGCAUUUUUCUUGUCUUUAAAUAAAGCGGUUGCUGAGGUCGGUCACAUUCCUCGUCUCACUUUUUAUACUGGCAGCCGUAUGGGAGAAGGCGAGGCCUCGUCACCGGUCCGUCUGUCUGUCCUGCCUACACCUCCUGCCUCUCCUUACAGAACAAUAAAUGAUAUUUUUAAGAUAAA